AUGUGAGAUAGCAUCGCACGCCUCGAGCAUCUUUCCGCUCGACUAAGUAAACUACGUUACAGAGGAUCCAACGUUCGAUAUACUGUUAACCUAGCACCAUUUCGCCGUUGUUGUCCUUCGCCGUCAACAUCAGACAAGCUUCUUCGCUAAACUGUGGAGACCGUUUCUCUCUUAUGGGUAAGAAUAAAGCCUAUGAUGAUCGAUGACGAACGGAGAAUUAGAGCAGCUGCCGAGGCGCUGUUGAACAGAUCACUACAAUCCCAAAGAAGCUCUUUCACCCAGCACAGCAUCAACCGAGCAUCCGAUGUAGUGCUUAGUGAAGAUCUCAUCGCAGGGACCAGACACCAGGGAAGAAUGUCCAAUGUCAGGAGGUUCUUUUGCCUAUUCAUCACGUUUGACGUAUUAUUCACUUGCCUCAUGUGGCUCAUUUGCACAAUGUUUAGUGGAGACAACAUAAAAAACGCAUUUGUGAAUCAAGUUAUUCACUACAACAUCAAGACUUCCCUAUUUGAUCUAGUGAUGGCUGCUGUCUCUAGGUUCACUGUCUUGCUUCUAUUUUAUGGACUUUUGUACAUUAACCAUUGGAUAAUCAUAGCUCUGUCAACCGCAACAACGUGCGCUUUUCUCAUCGCCAAAGUAUUUUUUUUUGACUGGUCUGCGAGUAACCUGUCCGUAUUUGUGGUGCUGCUCAUUCUCUCAUCAUUUGUGCUGGCAUGGAGCGAAGCUUGGUUCUUCGACUUUCGGGUAAUCCCUCAAGAAACGCAGGCUAGAGAUUGGCUUAUAGGUUCUGCAGGAUCAGAAAGAGCACCGCUUCUGCAACAAUUUUUGUCUGGCCCACUUUCUCACUACACAGAAAGCGUUGGUAAUUUUUAUUCUCCAAUGGAGACGCCAGAGCAUUCAGAUGACGAUGAAGAUGGGAGAGGCACAUUAGCUGCAGGGAGAACAAUAUCGUCAGACCAUUUCAUCCGACCAAUACUGCCCAAGUUAACCCCGGAAAAGAUUGAAGAAUACCAAAAAAUUGGAGCGGAGAUAAUAGAUCGUUCAUGGGAACUACUUAGCAGUCCUGAUUGGGUUAUAGAACAAGAAACUGCUGACGGGGACACAAUAUCGUCGAUGCAUCUUCCCAAACCUGAUGGAAAAAUAAUGAAGAUCACCGGAAUAAUUGACAUCUCGGCGCAUGAGCUGCUGCAAGAAUUAUUCGAAAAUAUUGAAAACACUCCAAAGUGGAAUAAGCACUUGGCAGAGUCAAAAAAGAUCCAAAUGAUAGACGAGCAGACCGACAUAAUAUAUCAGGUGACAAUGCCGCAUGGCGGCGGAAUCGUGGGAGCGAGAGAUUUUGUAGUUUUAAGAUGUUAUGGAGAACGAAAUUCGUGUCUUAUUAGUGCCGGGGUUUCUAUACCAUUUCCUCACAUUCCACCCCGUAAGAAUUUCACGCGGGGCGAGAAUGGUGUUGGGUGCUGGGCAAUGGAGCCUUUGGAGGGUGAGGAAAACUUGCGUUGCAAAUUCACGUGGUUGUUGAACACAAACUUGAAAGGGUGGCUGCCAAAACGAGUAAUUGAUGCCUCUCUUUCCACUGUCAUCGUAGAUUUUAUGCAGUUUUUACGUGAGCACGUGCGCCAGAUGAAAGACUGAAGAUUAUCAUAUGGGUUAUGAAGCUAAUGAUAAAUCGAUUCCUUUGAAUAGCUAAUAUUCAUCGCGAUCUAUUUAUCGCCCUCAUUUUGAUUCGUUAUUAUGCAUGAACUCUGUAUGUAUGACAAGUCUAUGCGGUACAUAUCAUGGGGUAUAAAUUGACCUUCGGUGAAAAAAAAGGAAAGGCCAACAGAGAAACAGCUUGAUACCAUGACGUGGGUGUUUGACGUUUCAUAGUUAUUAAUUUUUGUUUACUUUUUUCUAAUCAUUUGCAGAUUACUGAUUUUAUAUUCAAAAUAUAAGGAAAUACGUCAUACCUAUACCUAUAGUUUACCAUUAUGAUAAUACAACGUCUUAAAGAGUUUUUAGGCAGGUAAAGUAUUUUUAGUUGUAUAGUCUCAAAAUGGUUUCAAUACAGUAAAAAAGCAUAAUGGGUUAUAUAUUUGUAGUAUUUUAUAAUUACUCGUGUACACAUUAUCGUUUAUCUUUCAAAUUUCAAUGCAAGCUAGGUAUUUUCGAACUUAAUCUUCAAAGUUUACUUUAGGCCAGGCUCUGAUACCUAUAUAUUGAUCACAACAUCUGUCACACUGAUCAAUUUCUAAUAUUUCCACUUGAAAUUUCAUACUGGUCAAACGAUCGCCUAUAAUUCAGAAGAGAACCAACGUUAUAAUAGUGAAAAAAGAAUGACCGAAACUUUACUUGUCUAACACUCCUUCACACUUUGCGGCGUGAUUUUUUCGUACAAAUCCUGCAAUAUCAGUCAAUUGGCGAAAAAUAUCGGCAAAUUGUGCCAUGAGAAAUGGCAUUUCUUUUGAUUUUGUAUCAUCACUAGGUACAGAAUAAUUUUUAAACUUAAUCUGUUUAGGAAGACAUUGACUCAUAGACAUAAUAAUGAUAAAAAUUUGUAAGGUUGUGAAUAUUUGCUAUAUUAACAUCUUAAAAGUGAGAUCAAGACAUGUCUGAACAGUGAUUAUAUAUUAAUUCAGCAAUCAAAGGGUUAAAAGAGUCUGAUGUACGUAUAAUAAUUGUUGAUGAAUUCAUACUGCGGACGUAUUGCUGUACAAUAACUGCAUUCCAAGGUAACUGCUUGACCUGUACCUUCAUAGUAUCUGGCUGAGAAAAAGACAAAUUGCAUAAACGUGGAAAUGAAAUUAAAAAACAUUUGUUAGAAAAUUUUCGUGGCGUUCUCACAAGCG